CGUGUUUUCGCCGCCACAGCCUGAACUGUUUCAGAGUCAGCUCCUCUGUUACAAGCAGGAACUUAACACGUCUAAACUGAGCCGAACUCAUGUUUUAAGAACUGACCGCAGGUCAGCGGGCUCGGUGUCCCGGAUCCUCUUGUGACAGUCAGCUGAUCGCGUCCAGGACCUGCAGAAAGCUGUGAGCUCUCCUGUCUGACAACAAGAAGUCCAGGCGUAGUUACUUUUAACAGGUAGAAAUGGCCACAAACCCACCCAAGUUAAAGGUCGCGAUUGGCGCUAAUGAAAGGCUGCAAAACCUGAAAAAUACUUUUGAAACAAAGUAUGGAGAAUCUCCUCUCUUCUAUGCAUGUGCACCCGGAAGAGUCAACCUAAUAGGAGAGCACAUCGACUACUGUGGCUACUCUGUCCUUCCGAUGGCCAUUGAGCCAAACAUCCUGGCAGCUGUCUCAGUGAACUCUUCAGGGAAAAUCACUCUGGCCAACACAAAUCAUCAGUACAAGGAUUUCACCGUGUCGUGUUCAGAGGACAUCGCCAUAGACAGAGAGAACCCAAAGUGGCAUUAUUACUUUCUCUGUGGAGUAAAAGGUAUUCAGGAGAAGUUUGGGAUCACUCCUUUAGCCGGGAUGUCCUGUGUCGUAGAUGGGACCAUUCCUCCGAGCUCCGGCCUCUCCAGCUCUAGUGCCUUAGUUUGUUGUGCAGGGCUUGUAACAAUGGAGGCAAAUCAGAAGUCACUCACAAAGGUGACACUGGCUGAGAUAUGUGCCAAAAGUGAGCGCUACAUUGGCACAGAGGGAGGCGGCAUGGACCAGUCUAUCUCAUUCCUGGCAGAGAGAGGAACUGCAAAGCUGAUCGACUUCCAGCCUCUGCGAGCCACUGAUGUCAAGCUCCCAGAUGGGGCUGUGUUUGUGAUCUCCAACUGCUGCGUGGAGAUGAACAAAGCUGCUUCUUCUCACUUUAACAUCCGUGUGGUGGAGUGUCGAAUCGCCACAAAGAUGCUGGCCCAGGCGCGAGGUCUGGACUCGAGCAGCUUGUUGAAGCUGGUGCAGGUUCAGACGGAGCUGAAGGCCUCCCUGGAGGAGAUGCUGGCUCUGGUGGAUGAGGUGUUGCAUCCUGAGCCGUACAGCCGAGAGGAGAUCUGCAAGGCGCUGGGCAUCACCUCCGAGCAGUUUUCCACAGAGCUGCUGAGCGCCAACACUCAGCACGUGACACAAUUUAAGCUCUACCAGCGAGCCAAGCACGUGUACGGUGAAGCCGCACGGGUGCUGCGGUUUAAGAGUGUGUGUGACUCUGCGCCGUCCGACUCCAUACAGCUACUGGGAGACCUGAUGAACCAGAGCCAUGAAAGCUGCAGAGACCUGUAUGAGUGCAGCUGCCCUGAACUGGAUCAACUGGUGGACAUCUGUCUGAAGUCGGGGGCAGUGGGCUCCCGGCUGACAGGAGCAGGUUGGGGUGGCUGUGCCGUCUCCAUGGUUCCCGAAGAGAAGGUGGCGUCUUUCUUACAGGCAGUGAGCGAGGCCUACUACCGCCCUGAUCCACGCAGAGCAGCGAUGGAAAAACAGAGUUUGUUUGUGUCAAAGCCGGGCGGGGGAGCUGCAAUUUUCCUCAAGGAGUGAAAUGCAUCAUCCAUGUCUGUUUAUACAGCAAUUAUUCAUUCAAAUACACUGCAGCUCUGGGGAAACAAAUGACGCAUGUUUACACAGACUCUUGAUUCUGAAGUCAAAUGCAAAUCUCUCUUUGUUUUUACAUUUUACCUCUUUACAGAGUAUUCUGGAAUGUAAGUGAUGAAAAAGGGAAUAUGUUUUUUUGUGUCUUAAAUCAUGAAGGCUUUUGUAAUAAAUUGAUUUUGUACUGUACAA